AUGCCGUCCGUAAAAGAGCCCGGCAAUGGCAUCAGGGUAUUGAUGCUUCACGGUUAUACUCAAAAUGGGGAUUUGUUCCACGCAAAAACAAGAGCAAUGGAAAAGCAUCUGCAGAAGGUGUUCCCGGGCAUAUCGUUAAGCUAUCCGACGGGUCCUCUGCAGCUCAAGCCAAGCGACGUUCCGGGCUUUGACCUAAGUUCAACUGAAGAUCCGGACAGUAUUGAAGCUUAUGGCUGGUGGAGGCGGUCAGACACCUCCGAUCCUCCUGAGUAUGUUGGCCUGGAGAAAGGGCUGGAGACAGUCGCCAAAGUUCUAGAGUCAGAAGGGCCCUUCGAUGGCGUGAUUGGAUUCUCGCAGGGAGCAUGUCUCGCCGCCAUGGUUGCGUCGUUACUGGAGGGAGAGUCAAGAAAACAAGCGUUCGAAAAGGCACGAGCAAGAUCUCCACUAGCGAUUCCGUAUCCCGCUUCCUUCGAGAGACUCAGUCACCCGCCACUCAAAUUUUGUGUCGCAUGCUGUGGCUUUCGGGCUCCUGGCGAAAGGUAUCGUGGAUUCUACGAGGAUCCCCAUAUUCAGACCCCAGUCUGUCACGUCAUUGGGAGUCUUGAUAGUGUGGUGGAAGAGUCGAGAACCCAAGCAUUGGUCAAUGCGACUGGUGGUGCAGAAAAGACGCAAGUCGUGACACAUCCUGGAGGGCAUUUUGUGCCGGGCGGGAAGCAGUAUCUAGACAUGAUUGCAGGGUUCAUCAAGCAGAAUCUGUCAUCACAGGGAGAGGCGACAGGGACCGAGGGGAAGGUGGAAGAUAUGGAUGUGCCGUUCUGA